GAAAACAUUAAACUGAACUUAUUCUACUUUCGAAAUACAAGUAAUUAAUGUACAGCUACCUCUGCCAUCUAAUAACCUCCUAAAAGUUUCUAUUCAUACCGACUUUUUUUGUGGCAGCGUUGUAGUUAUAGAUCUCUAUCGAAUUACCACCUAAUUUUCAAAAUCCUGCUCAUCCCUACUCCUAUAUGUUAAUGGGAGCAGUAUGUUAAUCACCUACCUCGCCCCCAGAAUCCCGUGAACAAUUUAAAUUUCGGCCAAACUGUUGAAUUCCAAUUUACUAGUUUUGUUUGUACGAUUCCGAUUCUUCAGCAGAACUUUUAUGGGUUGUUAAUAGCUUAUAGAAUACUGCUUAUCGCCUAGUGUUUCUACUACAAUAUUGUUCCACACGAUUUGUAUAGCAGCAGAAGAGGAAGAAGAGUGUUAAUGGAGGUGGAAUCGUCGAAGCAGAAGGAGAACAAGACAAUGAUGGCUCAGCACGAUCACAACCCCGACAAAAAACGCCGAAGAAAAAUCAUAUGUUUGGUGGUGAUAUCUGUGAUUUUAGCUUUAGCUCUAAUUUUCCUGAUUUUAGGGCUCACAGUUUUCAAGGCCAAGCGUCCCGUCAUCACCGUCAAUUCCGUUGCUCUUUCGGAUCUAGAUUUCUCCUUUGACGUGGCCAGGCUCAGGGUCCUCUUGAAUGUCUCCGUCGAUACCAGCAUCGCCGUGAAGAACCCCAACAGAGUGGGUUUCAAGUACAAAAACAGCACUGCUUUACUAAAAUACAGAGGCGACGUGGUGGGUGAGGUCCCCGUUCCGGCCGGGAAAAUUGGCGCCCGUGACUCGAUGAUCAUGAACUUGACGCUGACACUUAUGGCGGAUCGGGUGCUUUCCAACUCCAAUUUGUAUUCCGACAUCAGAUCUGGUACGUUGCCUCUCCAAACUUACACGAGAAUUGCUGGAAAAGUACGCAUAUUGUUCAAUAUUCGUGUAGUCUCCUACACUAGUUGUGAUUUGGAAAUAAGCAUUUCCAGCAGGAAUAUUACUAAACAGCAAUGCCACUAUAAGACCAAAUUAUAAUCUAUCAAUGAAGAGAAGAGAAGGUGUUCGGUCGAUCCAAAUAUAUUGGGGACUGAGGCUCAUUUUCUUCUUGUUCUUGAGAUUUAAAUAGAAGUAUUAUAUAUCUGCUUUUGUACAUAGAUAUAACAGCAAUGAGAUCAUUACUUGCCACAUGGUGACAAUGCAGGAAUAUUUGAUGAUUUCCACUACAUAGCGACACUAUGUUGUUUGGUAUUGUGUUAACUGGUUCCCAAAGCUCUAGAUGACUUCUUUAUGUUGUAUUGUUAAGAAACAUGGUGGCCGGAGUGGGUGAGGAAGAUGAAGACUUUGCGUUUUUCUUUAUUAAUUAAUUUUUUUUACAAAUCAUUAAAUUCACGCGCUUGGCUAAUGGAUUGUUGGACGGAAGGUAUAUAUAUUGCAUAUGAUUUUGACGGACCGUU